GCAGGGGAGCGUUUCCGGGGCGAAGGGAAGGGAAUGAACGGUGAUCGUCAGUUAAGCUGUGUCUGGUUCAGCGCUCUUGCCGUGCAGCAGUGCCCUGAGAGUGCUCGGCCUCGGUUGGCAGUGGAGGGGGGCCGGGGGCAGCCCCAGCCUGGCCUCACAGGGGAAGGGGCUGUGACCUGAGCCUAGUCCAGCCCUGUGGGGGCAAAGGGAUGGCUGGCCCUCGACUGUCUGCACGGGGGAGGGGGCUUGGCAUGGCCCCGGGGGAGGAAGGUGGUGUGUUGUGGUCAUGGCCCAGCAGGACUCGGGAUUUUGGUCACAGGAAGGGGUGGGAGUAUUGCCAGCGCCUGGGGUGGCCAUCUUAGAGGACGUUCUGGUUUCUUUCUGUUCUGUUCUCUAUUGAUACAAAACACAACAAUUUUUCUCUUUCUUGAAGAGAAAAAUAAGAGGACAUAAAGGCGUUGGGUUUCGUAUCACUAGAGGACAGAGGACAACCGGACUGUACUCUAUGAUGGCCACCCUACCAGAGCCCCCUGCUGCCGGCUGUCUCAAACCAGGGGGACACCUGCGGGACAGAUUCCAUGGACUAGAGUUUAAGCAGCCCUGCACUAAAGCAUCUGUUCCUGCCACUUUUGGAGACAGGAUACUGGGCUGGAUGAACCAUUGGUCUGACCCAGCAGGAGCAUCUACAUGUGCGCUUGACUGCACAGUUGUUCCUGCGCAGUCGUUUAGUACUAAAUGACUGCAAAGUGACUGCUGUUACUCUGCAGUCCUGGUGGCGCGCAGGUCAUUUCCAACCCUACUGUGCAGUAGCUUGUUGCUACUACACAAUAGUGUUAGUGUCACAGUUCGUGCCCCGGCACUACGUAGACACGCCCUGUAUGUCAUAUUCUUAUGAGUUACCAGACUGUUUGCUGUAAAGUCUGUUGAUCUUGUUACAUUGUUUUAAGUUUUGACUUUAUCACGGAUUUCCUUUGUUGAUCACUAAAUAUAUGUUUAUGGAUUGCAGCAUUAAAAGCAUUAAGGAAAAAAAUGUUUGCUUUUUAAAUAUGCAACUGGACCUUUAUGGUACAAUAUAAAACAAUGUAAACAUAGAAUGAACCUGAUCUUAUAACUAAAUUCUUACCCUAGGCCAUAGGAUUUUAGUGGAAAACUGAGCUAGAGCCUGAAUUAUUUAACUUGGACUCUAAAAAGUGGUUCAAGCUGAGAGGAAAUUUUAAAAGUGUACCUGUUUUGAACCAUUUUCUUUCUUAACUGCAACCGUGAGCUAUUUUCCUUCUUAUUCAACUUUGCAUAAAAUCCCCGUGAUAACCAAAGAUAUUGUUGCAUAGAAACUGUUAUUAGGAAGAUACUGAACAUAAAUUUCAAUCUUUUAAUACAGUUUAACAGCUGAAAGCCAAGGGUCUCUGAUAUUUUUUGACCAACCAGCUCUUAUGAAAGUGCCAUCAAGUGAUCAUCUGAGUAGUUUGAGAACCUUUGGCUCUUAGUUUAUCCACUAUUGCAACUGCUUUUUAUUUGCUUUAAUUUGUUCAUUUUACUGAAGCUACGUUGGAAGGAAAUACUGUGUUUGAACUCUUGACCACCAGCCAAUGAUCUGGCAGGGAAGCCUUGAUUUUUAGUUUUAGGGGGAAAGGUCUUAAUAUAGUACAAAACAUUUACUCUUGUUUGAUCAAACUGACCCUCACAAAGUGCUGACAUUUAUUUCUAGCAGACAGGCAAAUGCAAUAGACAGAAAACAUUUCUGUAAACGGUUCUGAUACCAGAAUCUUUGGGUGACUACUUUGAAAACCAGCUUCUCACUGAAGAAUGGCAUCAUUAUGUUCACAAAUUUCUUCAUUGGUUCUGGCUCUAUCUGGGUUCAUCAUUUUAGUUGUUAUUACUCUGUCCAACAAAUGGAAAAUUUCCAGCACUGCAAAAGAAGCUGUUCUUACAAACUGGCUUUCUGAAGGUCUCUGGAUGACUUGUGCAAGUACUUCAUUGGGAAUAGUAGAGUGCAAGAAAUUUUUCUCCUUUCUGAUUGCAGACCCUUAUAUUCAGGCAUGCCGUGCUUUGAUGUUCACGUCCAUCAUCUUGGGUCUCAUAUCUACUGUGCUAUCUUUGUUUGGUUUAAAAUGCACACAAGUUGGGACAAGUAAUGAAAGCACAAAAGCAAAGAUGGCUGUAAUAGGUGGAUCCAUGUUCAUUUUAGCAGGUCUCUGUUCCAUGAUUGCUGUUUCUUGGUACGCUGCAAUGGUUACUGCUCAGUUUUUUGAUCCGCUGUAUGGUGGAACCAAGUAUGAACUAGGAGAUGCACUGUACUUAGGCUGGGCUGGUUCUGUUCUUUUUAUGCUUGGUGGGAUCUUCUUGACAUGUUCAUGCAAAAGGGAAAAAAAGGGAAAAUACAGCAAUGGCAAAUACGACUACUCAUUGGGACAAACCACCCUUCCACAACGCAUUUACACCAAAGACUCUGAGACAGUUAUAACCUCCAAAGAUUAUGUCUGAACUCUUUUCCUUUUUCAAAUCUUUGUAAAGUUAGCAUGUUGUCAAAUCAAAUAAAAAAGUUUAUUAUAUCCA